AUGACGCCUAUUCAAGGCUCUCUUCGCCAAGGCAUCUUCACGCUGCGAUCCCUCCAGCGCCGGUCGCUGUCCACCCUCCCAGGACACCCUCACAUCUUCGUAUUCCCCAGCCGGAUUUCCCCAAGUGCCCACACCCUCUCGCUCCUCCCCACCGAACCCCCGACGCCCGAGCUUGCCAUUGGCGCCACCUCCAAGCUCCCACCAUCGCCGGACUCCUUUGUUGAGAAUUCCCGCUUCCUCGAGAUUUUACAGUCCGUCAUCUCCAAACAUGCCCACGAAGAUCCAGAGGUCAAGUCUCAAGCACAAGUCAUGGCCUCCACCGCUGGCGCGAACCUAGGAUCAGGAGGAGUGUUUUUCUCCCCACAGCCCCAGCGAAGGAGACCUGCGUACGGCGGUGGUGGCGGGGCGGGAGGUGACUCGAGUGGCGGAGCCAGUGGUCAAGGCGGAGCUGGGUCUGGUGGGCGUGGUGGAUUUAUACAUGUCUCUGAUGGGAGAAACCCGCCCGAUUACGGACGAAUUGCUUGGCCGGAGGAUAUAUUUGGAAGCUUGGAGGUCGACGGAAAUGGCAAUAUCGAAGGGACUGGGAAUUAUCAGCCUAGCGGUAUGGCCUCUUUAAUAGAUGAUAUAGUCCGCCCAGGGCUAGUUCUAUCUGAAAUUUAA